AAUCAGCACUGGAACCCUGGAGGCACCUCCUUCUCGCAGGCGGAGAGGAGCAGGCUGAGGGCGACGGGGACGGUGAGGUUGAUCCCGAGGACGUUGGCCUUGAUGACGGUGCAGAGGCACAAUGCGGCCUCCAGGUCCACCAAUCCUUCCAGCACGGCGCAGCACUUGCUCGCCGGAGGCGUCCCGAUCACCAGGUGGACCAGCCCUCCCAAAAGGUCGGCACACGCCCCCAGCUUCAGCGCGUCCUUCGGGCACUUCGCAGGCGGCGCGGGAGCCGGCGCCUUGGGCGGGGACUUGCCGCAGGCGCAGUCCGUGGUGGCGGCGGCGGCGGAGAAUGCGGUGAAGAAGAGGAGGUUGGUCAUGAGGAGGACCGCGGUCAACUUGUUGCUAAUUACGGCGGCCAUGGCGGCGGCUGUGGAGAGUGUGUUGAGUGGGUUUUUUUGGGUGAGGUUGGAUGGUGUGGGUGGGUGUGAGUGGCGCUGUGGGAGUGUUAUAAAGUGGAAUUGUGAGGUGGGAAUUGAGUGGAAGAGAAGGGGGGAUGAUAAUGUUGUACUGAAUAGUGAUUCACAUGGCUAG